AUGGCCAAAAGAAGAGUAAAGAAGAGAACGCAUGUACAAGCUACUGUUGAGGAAGAGAAGAGUAUUCCUAAGUCCAUGGUGAUAAGAGUCGGACAAACGUCGCUAUCAAACCAUUCACUUAACCAGUUGGUGAAAGACUUCCGUCAAAUCAUGCAGCCGCAUACUGCUGUGAGACUAAAGGAAAGGAAAUCCAACAAGUUGAAAGAUUUUGUAGUGAUGUGUGGUCCUUUAGGUGUAUCACAUCUGUUUAUUUUUACACAGUCUGAAAAGACUGGCAAUGUCGCUUUGAAAAUUGCCAGAACCCCACAUGGCCCUACUAUUACUUUUCAGGUUGCUGAUUACUCACUGGACAAAGAUGUGAAGAAAUAUUUGAAGAGACCAAAAUCAUUGGGUAAAGAAGAUGUCAUGAGUCCACCUCUGCUUGUAUUAAAUGGAUUCAAUACUAUGGGCAGCAAAUCUCAAGAUGAUCAAAAUAUUGGUGAGGAAGCAAAUGUUGAGAAGGUUGUCGUUUCGAUGUUUCAAAAUGUUUUCCCCCCUUUGAAUCCAGCAAGAACUCAGCUAAAUUCUAUCAAAAGAGUCUUUAUGAUCAACAAAGAUGCGGAAACCGGUGAAAUAACAAUGCGUCAUUAUUUCAUAGAUAUCAGAGAAGUUGAGAUUUCAAAAAACUUGAAGAAACUUUACAAAGCAAAGCAAAAUUUAAGUAAACCGGUACCGAAUUUACACAGAAAGGAGGAUAUCUCUUCUUUGGUUUUAGAUCAUGAUAUUGGAGCAUAUACUUCAGAAUCAGAGAUUGAUGAUGAAGCUGUCGUACAAAUUCUUGACAGAAAAGAUGUCAAAACAACUUCCAAAAAAUCACAAAGACCAUCGACUCCAGACGGUGAUAAAGAAGGUAACAUUGCAUUAGAUGAGUCACAAGAUAAUCAAACAAUGCCUCGUAAGAAGGCCAUCAAACUAACAGAGUUGGGCCCAAGACUGAAAUUAAAAUUAGUAAAAAUUGAAGAAGGAAUUUGCUCCGGAAGAGUCUUGCAUCACGAAUACGUCAAGAAAACAAGUGCAGAGAUCAAAGCACUAGAAAAGAGACAUGCAGAAAAGAUGAGGGUGAAGGAGCAAAGAAGGAAAGAGCAGGAAGAGAAUAUUAGCAGGAAAAAAGCCACUAAAGAAGCAAAGAAACAACGCAAACUUGAAAGAAGAAAGCAAAGGCAACUGGAAGAUGGUAAUACGAACGAGAAUGCUGCGCAAUCAGAUAACUCUGCUGCUAGCGAUGAAAGCGCAAGCGAGGACGAAGAUCAACACUACUCUGAUAUUCCAGAAGAUUUAGAUAGUGACCUGUACAGUGACAUUGACUAA